UAGCACCCUGCCUUGCGAACGGCUCUCUUUGGUCAUCGUUUGUCACGAUGUUCGAUGAGUAUGUCGAGCACGCUUCCGCGCCUGGUCUCUCGCAAGGAGGAGCCUUGGCACUACCGCAAGUACAGUAUGAGGGAUUUGAGCCUUCACCUUACGCACAGGAAGAUCAAACGGAUGCAUUGAGCAGCGCUGAGCAAGCCGAAACUGCUGCUCCUGCUACUCCGCUCUUUGAGCUCGGCCGCGUUCAAUACACCCUCCCGGCGCCUCUAAUAUCACUCGCAGUAUCGUCCGAUGUGCUCUCUAUGGGACUAGAAAACAACGUCAUCGUGCAGAUUGAACUCUCGCAUGCAGAGCAAGUCGUCAAGGUAACUAUUCCACGCAAGCCCACCGAAUUCACCAUCUACAAGCUAUUUCAAGAUCCCUCAGGAAGACAUCUCAUCAUCUCCUCCACCCAAGGCGAGAACUGGUAUCUCUUCAGGGGCUCGAAGAAACCUCGUCAACUGAAAAACUUCAAGAUGGUGAUCGAGAGCGUAGCUUGGAACAAGCCUGCACUGCUCCUAUCCACUCGAUCCACUUCUACGCGGGAGAUGUUGAUAGGCGCCAAGAACGGGGUCAUUUAUGAGACAGCGCUCGACGGGGAGGAGGAGCUAUUCAGAUCCGCAGACAGGUACCUCCAGCCUGUGUACACUCUUCCGGAGCGACAGCCUGUCACUGGGUUGCAAUUCGAAUUUUUCCCUCCGUCAGACCCGCGGAGGACCCUAGUCCUUGUAACGACUCCCUCCCGGAUAUACCAAUUCAUCGGUUCUCCUGAACGUCGCCCUGAUGAACAUGUUCGCGUGUUCGCCGGGCUCUUCGCGAGUUACCGAGACUCAACGCCAAAGAUCUCGGAGCUACCUGGCAACACUGACUACUCUGAGCUUCAUACUUACACCCCAAAUGCUGACCAAGCACAAUCCCUCCCCAAGUACUUGGCGUGGAUGACGGGCCCAGGUAUCUACCAUGGAGCUCUCAAUUUCGAGUCCACUUCGGACGAUCUGAUCGACGGAGCGCAACUUCUCCCAUAUCCCAGUCUGCUACUCUCCCCGUCUGCUUCGCCGUCCAGAGCACCGCCUAGCACUGUCGGGCUUCCUUAUUCAAUGGCACUGACUGAGUUCCAUUUUGUUCUGCUAUAUCAGGAACGUGUGGUAGGCUUGUCGAACCUGAACGAACAGCAAACGUACGAAGAGCUGCUGCCUCUGAAGCCAAACGAAUCCGUGCGAGGAAUGACAGCAGAUCCAGUGCGGAAGACGUACUGGGUAUACACCGAUCAGUCAUUAUUCGAACUCGUCGUGGCGAACGAACAUCGUGAUGUGUGGAAGAUCUACCUUGAGAAGGGCAAAUACGAUACCGCUCUCCUCUAUGCCAAGACAGCGUAUCAGAAAGACCUCGUGCUUUCCGCACAAGCCCAGGCAUACUUCAAUGAAGGGAGAUACUUUCAGGCAGCGCAAUGUUAUGCGCAAUGCUCCGUUAGCUUUGAGGAGGUUGCGUUGAAGUUCUUGGAUGUCGGUGAACGGGACGCGCUAAGAUCCUACAUCGUUUCGCGCCUUGAGCGGACAAGGAAGACGGACUUCUCCCAGCGCAUGAUGCUUGCCACAUGGCUCGUCGAGUUCUAUCUGAGCAAGUGCAAUGAACUGGACGAUCUCAUAGCUUCGGAAUCUGUGUCGCACGAUGUCGAGAACUUGCGUACCGAACGGACGAUUCUAGAGGAGGAUCUGCGGCAUUUCUUCCAAGCUUACAAGGCCAGCCUUGAUCCAAGCACCGUAUACGAGCUCAUCCAAGGGCAUGGUCGUACGGACAUGUAUCUACACUAUGCAACUGUGGUCGGAGAUCAUGAGCGUGUCGUCGAGCACUAUGUUUUGGAGGAGGAAUGGACAAAGGCCAUUGAGGCCAUCAGCCGUCAGUCGAACUUGGAACUUUACUAUCGCUUCGGUCCUGUGCUUAGCCGCCAAGCUCCAAAGGAGACCGUAGAUUCUUGGCUCCGGCAGCCGUUGCUGGAUCCUUUGCACCUCAUUCCUGCCCUUCUCCGUUUACAACACAUACCACGGGACCCGGUUUCCCCCAAUCAAGCGGUCCGAUACCUUAACCAUGUUAUCUUCGAGCAAGGAAGCACCUCGCCUACCGUACACAACCUCAUGAUCACCUUCUAUGCCUCUGUUCCUGUGGAUACGACCGGCUCGUCGUCAUCCAAUACUCAGCCGGAAGAUGAUGGACCGCUGCUACGGUUCCUCUCCUCGGCACCGUCUGAUCCUCUGACUGGAAAGCCGUACUAUGACCUCGAUUAUGCUCUUCGGCUAUGCAAGCAGACCGGUCGGACGCAGCCCUGUGUACACAUCUAUUCGAAAAUGGGGCUUUACGAGAGCAGCGUGGAGCUUGCCCUCGAGAAGGGCGACCUGGAGCUUGCGAAAAUUAAUGCUGACAUGCCGGAAGAUGAUGAUCAACUGCGCAAGAAGCUUUGGCUGAAAAUUGCAAAGUACGUCGUGCAGGACAAGCAGGAUAUCAAAAUGGCGAUGCGCUUCCUGGAGAACACCGAGCUGCUCAAGAUCGAGGACAUCUUGCCCUUCUUCCCGGAUUUUGUCGUGAUCGAUGACUUCAAGGACGAGAUCUGUACGGCACUGGAGGGUUACUCCGCGCACAUCGACGCUCUCAAGGCGGAGAUGGACGAGGCGACGCGGAACGCCGAAGCAAUUAAACAGGAUAUCGCCGCACUGCAGAAGCGCUUCGUGACCAUUGACUCGACGGAGAAGUGCUCCUUGUGCCAUCAUGCCCUCUUCACCAGGCAGUUUUACGUUUUCCCUUGUCAACACACGUUCCACGCUGACUGUCUGAUCGGAUUGACCAAGGAAUAUCUCCCUGCACAUGCGCUCAGGCGAAUCCUGACCCUUCAGAACGAGCUCGUCAAAGCCUCACAGAAGGGCGGUCUGGAUCGCAACAGCAUCGCCAAUCCCUCUUUGCUACCAGGAUCGGCGCCUGCGCGGCACUCGACGGCCCAGCGCACGCUGCUCUCCGCCAACUUUGGCAUCGGUCAGAACCCCGCGCGCACGGCGACCGCGCUCGGGCGGAACCUCCUCUCCGCCGGCGACCGCCUGCGCGACUUGAUCAUCCCAGACGCGCUCGCAAGCGUCGUGACCGCACCCGCAGGGUGGAUCCCUGGCAUCGGGCUUGGAACGGGCGCAAAGCGGAGCACGGGUGAGAAAGACGCGGAGAAGGUGGAGCGGAUGCGGAGGGAGCUGGAGGACGUGCUUGCGGCGAGCUGUCCAUUAUGUGAGAGCGUGGUGGCUGGGCUAGACAAGCCGUUCGAACAGGGUGGAGAGGUGGAUGCGAGUUGGGCAUUGUGAUCUGCCGGAGCGUGAUGGUGGCGACUUGUGGAGGAAUGAUGGGAUUGUGGAUGUGUCCGGUGGCUGGAUCAUUUCGGAGUUGCUCGAUUGAAAUUCGCUUGUGCCCAUGCACACUUGCUCAUUGCUAUAUACCUCAAUCACAUCAACGCG